AUGGAAUGGGAUGAUCAAAUCAGAUUUGGUUGGCGAAAUAGACCUAAAUCACCGAGCUCAGAUUGUGAAGAUGUGCCUGAGGAGAAGAGAGUUAUCUACAAUUUUGGACAGCGCUUCGCAUCGACAGGUUUAUGGCCCCUAAGGUUUCCAAAGAAAAGUCUCAUGGCCGACAUGCAACAGCGUAUUCCCAACAAGAAGAAAGAAUAUUUUAAUGGUAUAGUUUGUUAA